AGAGGCCACCCCCCUUCUUGGUUUCAAGGUCCUGUCCUAUAAGCCCAGCCUUUUGUGGUUCAGCUGGGUCGCAGGCUGGAUCCCAGGCCCCUUCCUUGAGAAGCAGAGGCCUUGCACCCCUCCAGGGUUGCUGGGCCGGAGAGUGAUUCCAGCCCUUCAGCUUUCAGGAUCCCACCUUCCUUAUCACCAGGUCUUCUCCACUGGCCCCUGAGAUUGCCCUCACCUCCAGCUCCCCCUCUCCCAAAGUCGGCAGCCCCUCCUAGGGCUGUAGCCUCUCCCUGGGUUCCAACCUCCUGAGAUGCCAGACCCAUUGGGGCAGUACUCACAGGUCCUGAGCUGCAUCACCCACCCCAGUGACACCCCAACCCUGCAGCAUUUUCUACAUCCACCCCCCUGGCCCCACCUUGCCUUCCGCCCACCUUCCCACCUGCUGCAGGGAGGGCCCUCAGCUGAGCCGUCAGACAUAUUUGCACCCCAUCUGCUCCCCUCCUGAAUUUUUUCUGACCCUUCCUUGGCUUCACAGCACCUGAAGGCCAACUGAGGCCCCCUGCUCCCAUGGCCAGCCCUGGAAAGCCUGGGGCUGAUGAGGCCCAGGAGGAGGAGGGGGAACUUGAGGGGGGCUCUGCAGGGCCACAGGCUGCAAUGCUGGAGCAGGCCCAGGAACUGUUUCUGCUGUGUGACAAGGAGGCCAAGGGUUUCAUCACCAGGCACGACCUGCAGGGACUCCAGAGCGACCUGCCCCUCACACCAGAGCAGCUGGAGGCCGUGUUUGAAAGUCUGGACCAGGCUCACACUGGCUUUCUCACUGCCCGGGAGUUCUGCCUGGGCCUGGGGAUGUUUGUGGGGGUGGAGUCGGCCCAGGGAGCGACCCCCCGCAGGACUCCCGAGGAGACCUUUGAGUCGGGCUGGGGCUGGCUCGACGUGCAGGGCACGGGGGCCUCUCUGGAUGAGGAGGAGGAGGAAGAGGAGGAGCGAUUCCACACUGUGUUGGAGCAACUGGGGGUGGCCCCGGUCCUGGGCGAGCAGCGGGCUGUGAGGACGCUCUGGGCCCGGCUGCAGCGCGAGCGCCCCGAGUUGCUGAGCUCUUUCGAGGAUGUUCUGAUACGCGCGUCAGCCUGCCUGGAGGAGGCGGCCCGGGAGCGCGACGGCCUGGAGCAGGCGUUGCGGAGGCGCGAGAGCGAGCACGAGAGGGAGGUGCGCGCUCUGUACGAGGAGACCGAGCAGCUUCGCGAGCAGAGCCGGCGCCAGCCGAGUCAGAACUUUGCCCGCGGGGAGCAGAGAAGCCGCCUGGAGCUGGAGCUGCAGAGCCGCGAGCAGGACCUGGAACGCGCAGGCCUGAGGCAGCGGGAGUUAGAACAGCAGCUGCAGGCCCGGGCUGCGGAGCACCUGGAGGCGCAGGCCCAGAACUCCCAGCUGUGGCGGGCGCACGAGGCGCUGCGAACGCAGCUGGAAGGGGCGCAGGAGCAGAUCCGCAGGCUGGAGAGCGAAGCGCGAGGCCGCCAGGAGCAAACCCAACGAGAGGUGGUCGCCGUCUCCAGGAACAUGCAGAAAGAGAAAGACAGCCUGCUACGGCAACUGGAGCUGCUCAGGGAACUGAACACACGGCUGCGGGAUGACAGGGACGCCUGCGAGGCCAGGCGGGCAAGUGGCAGCCGCAGAAAGGCUCUGACGACUGCCCACCUGCCUGGGCCCACCUGCUGCUGCUGCUGCUGCUGGGCUCGGCCCCACAGACGCGGCUCUGGCCACCUUCCCAGUGCCCGGUGACCAGCUCCGAGUGACUCAGAGCAUCAGCUAGAAGCUGCUCUUCUGGGAGGCUUGUCAUGGGUAGGGGGUGCCCACUCAGGAUGUGGGCUCUCCCCAUGGGGCCCCAGGAUCGCCUGACUGAAGAACUGAAGACAUGAACGACCUAGCCUGGGAGUGGUCAGGGUCCAGGGAGUGGCCAGGGUCCCGUGUGCCCUCUGCCAGUCUUCGCUCUGUCCCCAAGCAACCCCAACUCAGUUCAGCAGAAAACCCCCCUCAUCAAAUAAAACCUACUGACUGCA